GUGACCUGCAAUCCUGUGCCAAAGUCAGACACACCUUCAACUUCUGUACAGAAAGUUCAAAUGUCACUAAAGAGAACAGCUCGUAUGACCCCACUAUGGAGGAUCAUGGGCACUAAACCUCAUGGCGCCUACUGCCAGAACAACUAUGAGUGCUCGACAGGAAUAUGCAGGAAAGGCCACUGUUCCUACAGCCAACCGAUUAAUUCCUAAAAUGAAGACUCCUUCCCUUCUCUGAUCUGACAUUUCUACACCAUCAUGCAUGACGAAAGCUUGAUUCAGUGAGCAGCAGGAGGCAACUGAAUGUGCAAUGCAGUUAAUAAUCAGUUAGACAUAUAGUAUAGUAAGCCACAAAUGAAGCAAUAGGUAAAGUUCUGAAGAUUGUGCUUAUCAUAAGGUACAUAACAUGUGGACUAUUUUGAGAGUGCAAAGAAAAUCAACAUAAACCUCAUAAUCUACCUGCAGUGAUAUUGCUAUAUACAAGAAGCAUUAUUAAUGGGAUUUGCAUGACAUUUUUGAUAGACAUAUUUCAGGUGGAAUUGGGAAGGUGAUACAGUAUGUGUUUUGGGCCAGUUUCCCUGAACCAGAUUAAGUCCAAUCCCUGUUCUGGAUGUCCAUCGAGCAGUACAGAGAGAGUAUAGCUUUUGCCACUAACAGCUGAUCGCAGGACUACGCUUAGUCCAAACAUGGAAACUGGUGUGUAGUAUUAGAUCAUGUUACUUGUAAGCUAUAUAUGCAAGUGUAGGCAAAUGUGUCUACUAGUGCCUUAGCUCAACCCAAAUGCCGUUGAACCAAAGCUAGUCUGGAGAAAAAGGGACAGAGAAA